AGUUGAAUAUAUAUUUCAUUACAUAAAGAAUAUUCAAGAGGAUAAAUCAUUUUCUCUAUUGAAGUUAAUGAUUUAUAAGUUUUGUUUUAGUUACUGGAGUUACGGGUUUCGAAUUGAAAGUCGUGGGCCGCAUGCAGGAUUUAAGCAAAAGAACUUCAUUAUUAGCUAAUAAUAAUAAGCCACCAAACGUGAAGAAGACGACGGCGAAGAAGAAGUUCGUAUCUGAGGAUGAGGAUUUCGGGCCCUGGUAUACCCAGCCCUCUAAGAAACUAUCUAUCAUAGGUAAGAAGUCGUUCAAGAAGGCUCUUCGCAGGAAAAGAUACCAGUCUGGUGGUCCAAGGGUUCACUACCUUACUACGGCAGGACAUACACUUCCAAUCGAUUUAACUAAGGCCAUGGAGCAGGCUGGUGUUCUAAUCAAGAAGGUGAAUGCUGGCAGCGACGACUAUGAAUCUAUGAUACUCAGUUAGAUUUGGAAUUGGCUGAGCGUUGUAUCGACAAAAUUGCUGGUUUCCGCAAGUGCGCUAGGAAUCUCCCAAGUGACUGGAAGUAGAAAGUCCCCUUUCUCGCGGAACACUCACUUAAUGGGGCUAUUUGAAUUGGAAGACAACGACAAAAGUGAAAGAAGGAGGUCUAUUUCGUUGAUCGAUGUCUCCAGAGCCGUGAUUACUACAAUCUUCCUCCAAGCUGUUUCCGGGCAUGCUCAAUGACCGGGCCACUGCCAUCCUCUUUGCUCCCUAGGCAACAUCCAUUUGUUGGGAAGCUGGUUUCAUAUAUGUCUAGAUAGUCUAUCCUCAAUAUUGUCAAUUUCUAGAAUGGCUAAGUUUGACUACUAUGUGUGGCUUAGUUUGACUACUAUGUGUAGCAUUCUUGCUUUACAAAAUAUGCUUGUAUAUCACUGCCCAGUGACUACUAUUGAAGUUUUAGUUGCAUCUCAUAACAUUGCACAUUC